CUCUGGAAGUCUUGAACCAGUCAUCUCAAAACCAUUGUCGUGAACUAACAAAACAAAAAAGUUUUCGUGUGGAUCUGAAAUAUCCUUGAGUCCUUAAACUUUUUUUUGUGGUUAAAAUGCGGAUUUUUCUGGGGUCGUUUGUCACAGCUCUUUUGCUGAUGAUACAAACUAUAAACGCGCAGUUUUUCGAUGGUUUUCCUGUCAGUUUAUGCUGUCUUCAAGACCAGGUAUUAAUAAACGGUGAGUGUUCCGACAUGACGGAGUGGGAACUGAACGAGAUUGAUUUUUCUGUGGACGUAACCCUCAAAAAUGGAUUGUUGGUCAAAAAAUACUUAAACCAGCAAUGGAAUACGCCCAUGUCCUGUGAAACUACGAAUAUGUUCUACAUGGACAACAAAACUGAAACGUAUGGGUAUACGUUGUUUGAGGAUGGAACCCUUUUGCGCCACUACGACAAGGUGGCAAUGAGUCGGUGGGAAUACUGCAUCCAGCCUCAGUUGCUUGAAGACGGAAGUAUUCGAGUUGUACCCCAUAUCUGCGAAGCUUCUAAAACAGGACAGACUGUCGUGAUGAUAAUAUCGAUGAUAUGCUUACUUCUGACGAUCAGCGUAUAUCUCUUAGUUAAGAAGCUGCGGGACCUAAUCGGAAAGUGCUUUAUCUGUUACAUGGGCUGCCUCUUUAUGGGAUACCUAUUCCUACUUUAUGAUUUGUGGGAGUUAUCAAAGGGCUUUUGCAUGACAGCAGGUUUCCUAGGCUACUUUUUCAUCAUUUCUGCGUUCUUGUGGCUGAAUGUCAUUAGUGUGAACUUCUAUAAUGAAUUCAGAGGUACCCCUUCAAAACUUCGAUUUUUGGUCUUUUGGACUUAUGUCUGGGGCACUGCGGUGGUCUUGACCGGAAUCACUUUUCUGGCCAAUAAGUUAGUAGAGAUCGACUAUUUGAAUCCUCGCGUUGGCAAAGAUGACCAUUGUUGGAUCUACACUCAAGAUUGGUCUGCGAUGAUCUACUUUUAUGGACCCUUACUUUUGAUAAUAGUAAUAAAUGUAAUCAUGUUUAUCAUGACGGUUAUUCAUAUGAUUGAAAUGAAUUACAACCUUGAGCACAAUCGAAAGGUGGAUCCGUCACCCAUCGUAAAGGAUUUCGCCUUCAUUCCGCGCCUCUUCAUUAUUAUGGGUGUUUCGUGGACUUUUGAAAUAGUGUCCUACUUAUUGAAAGGCAACCAAUUUUGGAAAAACGUAUUUCUGGUGUCUGACUAUUUUCACUGGUCUCAAGGUACCAUCAUAUUUGUGAUGUUCAUUCUUAACGGCUCAACGAUAAAACUUUUAAAGGAGAGGAUUACGGGUAAAGAUGAAAAAAUGGAGGUCCCUAAAAGCGAGAUCGCUCAAAAGGAUACAAAGUCCUACCAACGCGUGCCGUAACAGAACGCGAGUUAAAUCCAACUACGUCGAAGCUGAACGGUUCCGAACACAAUAACAACAAAUACGGCUGUAUAUAAAAUGUAUACAAGCUAAAUUACUUAUAAACUUAACAUUUUUUUAAAUUUAAUAUGAUUUUAUUGUUUAUAGGCAUAACCUAACUCUCGAUUAUUUCCAAACAAACAUUAAUUAUUAAUUCAUUUAGUUUUUUAAAAAUUUUCAAAUCUUUGUGUAAUUCAGUUAUUAAAAACACAUUUUUCUUUUGGAUUUCCUUUUAAGGAAAGAUCAAGACCCCACUUCAA